AUGGGUCGUGGAAGAAUACCAAUGGAGCUGAUUGAGAAGGAAAAAGCUCGAAAGGCAACAUUCCUAAAGAGAAAGAAUGGAUUAAUAAAGAAAGUGUACGAAUUCUCCACACUUUGUGGUGUUGAUGUUUGUGUAAUCAUCUAUGGCCCCAGCUUUGAUGGAGGAAAAUCCAGCGAAGCUGAAACAUGGCCCCAAGAUCCUAAGGAGGUACAGCGAAUCAUUCAAAAGUACCAUAACACAACGAUUGAUAGACGUCCUAGGAUCUAUGAUGUUCAAGAGUAUUAUAGAGAUAGGGUUAAGAAGAUUGAAGGUGAGAUUUCUAAGGUGCACAAGGAGAAGCUUAAGAUCAUGUAUCCUACUUGGGAUGACUCAUUCAAUGAUCUUAGGGAGGAUCAAUUGAGAAUGUUUCUUAGCAUUUUGGAUUCUAAGAUUCUUGCUUGCAAUCAAAGAAUCAACAUGCUAAAACAAGAUCCUAAGGGAAAAACAAUGGUACAAUCAAAACCCAAUUUUGAGGAUGUUGUUGCUUCAUCAAACCCUUUCAUGCCAAACAUGCCUCAAGCACAGUUUCUUCCUCAUCUUCCCAUGACACCCAUUAUUGAUGAUACCGCCCAAUUACCAUUCUACCCUUUGCAAGUGGGGCAAAGUUCAUCACAAUCUUCCCCUCUUCUUUUUGACCAAAAUUGUGGGACUGUGGAUUGGGGUGCUUGUAGCACUCAUGACAAUGGAGAUGGAAGCAAUCAUUACAAAGGGAAUAUACAAUCAAUUGAGCCAUAUAGUUUUGCUCUAUCACAAUAUCAAGAUAUGCCUCACGAGUUUCAAGCUCUUAAUGCACUCCAUAAUGCAAAUAUGUUUCAUCAUCAAGUUCAAAUGUUCAACUACAUGCAUGAAAGGAAGUAG